GCGACGAUAGGGAAGAGUAUUAUGUAUGUGCUAUUGUCUAUAUAAUAUGCUUUCGUGCCGACUAAUGUGGUUCUCAACAGAGGCUUAUGGCCAAAGAUCUUGAUAAUUGGGAACAAAAACGAGUUCAAAGAUUCAAGGGUGAACCCGAUGGAAAACUAUAAUCGCGGUCUGUACGCCAGCAUCAUGCUCAAUAACUCCUGGGCAUCAUUUGGUGUGUCCGAGAAUGUCAGGGGCCAGAACCUCCCCACAGUCAAUGAAAACGAUAAGCUUAACUUGUCAACAACAAACUACUGCGCAUCCCUGCGCAAGACAGUUGCAUUUCGAUUGUUGAUUCGGGACCUCAACUUCUACAGUCCAUACGUCUGAAGCCUUUCAUCUCAUACUCUGGCAGUGGACACACCGUUCGAGCUUCACGCGGAUUCAUUAUUAUACACCCCAAACAACUCGCUUUGGUUGUUGUCUGCUAUGUAUUAGCUGGUGGGACGUCAUGGGGCCGCGUGAUACCACUUUGACCAGCGAGCUCGACGAUCGCAAGGCGAGGCAUACCAUAUACGCAACAAAACCUGGACCAUACACUCCGUAGCCACUCUAUGACGAGUUAUGAAGACAAAGAAGACAUUUGCUGAGCACCGCCAUUAGCGGCAUACAACUCGAUUUGAUUGGUUCAAAGCCAUCAACCCAGAAUGUUGGUAUGGAACUACUCGGCACACAAAUUUUGGAGUAUAUAUACUAUAUGAAUCAAGCCAAGAUUGAUGGUUUGAUGCAUGCCGAAACCCAUGCGCCUAUCAGUUCAGCCUCUUGUAUCAUGUCACAGCCAUGAUUCCUGGGCUUAGGCCUACCAAUGUCACAUGAUGUAAAGUCUUAAAGUACGUUGUAAGUACAGAGUCUAUCAGAGCACAGAUCUCGUCUGUCUGGGGCUUGCAAAGAGCAGCUCGAAGAAACGGAGUACGAUAUAGCUUUGCUACACGUUCGCGGGCAUUUUCGUUAUCGUGGCAAGAAAAGCCCAUUCAAGGCAUACAACAAAGGAGGGGAAAAGGAAUAAUGAGCAUUAUGAUGAUGCUGAAAAACAUAUCCAACACAGGACUGGAGGUAAGCACCCUGUUAGUGGCCGGGUUCCUGCAAUCCUGGGAUCCAGACCGGCCGAACUCGCCAUGGCUCGAAACACAAAGGUUUGCCGCUGGCCGCACAUAACGUCAUUGCCAGCAACAUCACGCCCCCCGUUUUUCUCUUCGGAUCGAUUCUCAUUGCUUCAAGCACCUUGAACGAUGACACCAGUGGGUCGAUAAUGAUACUCCUUACUAGUCAAACCUCAUCCCCACUAAUUUUCCGUCCACACUAUUGGCUCAGGAACUCAACUGGAUCUGGACCUUCUUAUGUGAUACCUGUAGUGGAAGCGACGAUUCGUUGUGCAGAGAGAACCGCCGCCUGAGAACGAGGUAUUCCAUCCCCGUUUUUUUACACACUCUGACCGUCCGCUUGACGCCACACCGCGCUCUUCAGAACUCAUUACAUACCCACACAUGGAGCUUAUAUAACUCUGAAAGCCUUCGUUGAGCACCUCUUCUGCUCUCACCUCGUUUUGGACGUGUUUAUGUUAAGAAUUUCCCCCCACCCGACAGCUACACUCGACCAAGUCUUUCGACCUCGUCCGGUGUUUUCGCUCUUUCGCUCUAUGACAAUAUUUGGUUUCGAAAUGGCAAGCAGGUUGGGAGUUUGAUUUCAUCCGAUAUCGUUAUCGGAAGUCAGGUCACACAUUUCUCUGUAAAGCGGGAGAGUUAUGUCUGCGAUGACAGGGCCAAGAUCGCCAACGUCGCCGUGGCACCAGGAAUCUCAGACCCUUGCCCUCCCCGGUCCAUCGAGCCCAGCGACAUUUUUCCCGUUAUCUGACUCGCGUCCCUCAACGUUCAACAGAAUCAGUCCGAGUCAGACACUCUCGUCUGACUCGAACUACUUUUCAUUCAAUCUAGAAAGCCCGAGCCUCCUCAAGAAUCGAGAUCACCUGUCCCGUAUCCAUUCAAAUGAGAGCCCUGAGGGACAAUUUAUAUCCGGCAAAGAAGUAGCAGGAGAGCAACAUGUUCCUUUCGGAGUACGGCCAGGGAGCGAGGGCAAUGUCCCUGACUCCGCUGUUUACAGACUCUCUUUGAACCGUGCCAUAGGAAAAGGAGAGCUGAACACGAGUGCGUCAAAAGCUGUGCCAUCACAGUCAGCACAAACAACAGGGGCGACCGGUAGACCGGUUUCAGUCGAGCAUUGUGCAGAGCUCCUUGGGUCUUGCGCGCAUGACGUGAUGCUUCUGGAUGUACGACCUUAUGCCCAUUUUUCCAGAGGGAGCAUUCGAGGAGCCCUGAACCUUUGCAUCCCGACGACCCUCCUGAAGCGCCCUUCAUUUGAUACAAGAAAGUUGGCGAAUACUUUCACGAACGAAUCUGAUCGGGUUACUUUCGCUCGCUGGAAGAAUUGCCGACAUAUCAUCGUCUACGAUGCAGCUACUGCCAGUAUGAAGGACGCCGGGCCUCUUAUAAAUGUUCUUAAAAAAUUCUCAGCCGAGGGGUGGACUGGCGAUGGCCAGAUCUUGAUGGGUGGAUUCAGGGCUUUUUCCGCCAAGUUUCCCGAACUUACGCAGCAGCAGCAGCAAGCUUCUGGUCCGCAGUCCAAAAAGACCUCUCUGAUGCACAUUGAUUUACCACAAUCAGCACCUAUUGCUGGUGGAUGCAACAUACCGGAAUCGUCUAGUGCUGCAAUUCCUUUUUUUGGCAACAUUCGCCAAAAUAUGGAUCUCGUCGGUGGCGUUGGGCAAAUUGCGCUGAAACACUCGGAACACUUGUCGGAAUCGCAAAGACGAUCGCUUCCACCUUGGCUUUGUCAAGUGUCGGAUCCCAGCGACCAAGGUCGAAUGGCAGCGUCGAGAUUUCUCGAUAUCGAAAAGACCGAGUUGGAGCGCAUGAGGCAGGCUCUAUCAUACAACCAUGACAACAUUUCGAGUUCAAAUCGAAAUUCAAACGAGACAUUCCGUGUCGCUGGAAUUGAGAAAGGCACGAAAAACAGAUACAAUGACAUCUAUCCUUACGACCAUACGCGGGUGAGACUUCAUGAUAUACCCUCUGGGGGCUGUGACUAUGUGAACGCAAGUUAUAUGAAGGCGGAGCACAGCGACCGAUACUACAUAGCGACUCAAGCCCCUGUGCCUGAUACUUUUAACGACUUUUGGCGUGUUGUUUGGGAACAGGACAUUCGACUAGUAGUAUCUUUGACCGCAGAGGUCGAAAGAGGGCAGGUCAAAUGCCAUCCGUACUGGAAAUCUGGCACGUAUGGACCUUUCCAUGUGAAUAAUUUCUCAAAGAAAUAUAUCCCCAUGGAGCCAGCCGACUCACCGCAGGCCAAUUCAAGAUCGCCCAUGGAUUCCGAGAAAUCAGCCAUUGUUGUCAGGCACUUUGGUUUGUCGCAUUCAGGAUAUCCAUUCGAACCUCUUCGUGAAGUUACGCAACUUCAGUACCCCGACUGGCCUGAUUUUGGCACAACCUCCCAGCCAAGGCAUCUACUACAAUUAAUCGAACAAUGCGACAAGGUUCGGACUGCGACGGCUAAUGCAGCACCGGGCAAUCCUAAGCGACCUGUUUUGGUACACUGCAGCGCGGGAUGCGGCCGCACUGGUACAUUUUGUACAGUUGACAGCGUUUUGGAUGUAUUGCAGCGACAAUUAACAAAAGAGCGCGAGGGGCAGUCGCCUGAACCAUGGCUCGGCGGCGGACAUUUGGAUCUCGUUGCAAAGACCGUAUCUGAUUUCCGCACACAGAGGCCAAGUGUGGUACAAAACCUCAGUCAGUUUGUGCUUUGCUACGAGAGUGUACUUGAAUGGGCUGUUGAGCAGACGCACAAUAAUCCAAGAUGAGAUAAACCUG